GCAGGCUGACAGCGCUACGGGUAGGAGUGUUCAAGCAGAGCCCGACGCCAGGGGGGGAUGGGGUGAGGCGCCCCCUCCUGGCAGCCCAAGAGCUCAGGCCCCGCCCUCCACCCGCCCCCACCCCCGCCCCCACCCCCGCCGCACCACUUCCGGCAGGCGCUGCGUUGCUGGGGGGCGCGGGCGAGGAUGGCGGCGGAGAACGAGGCCAGUCAGGAGAGCGCCCUGGGCGCCUACUCGCCCGUGGACUACAUGAGCAUCACCAGCUUCCCGAGGCUGCCGGAGGACGAGCCGGCGCCCGCGGCCCCUCUGAGGGGCCGCAAGGACGAGGACGCCUUCCUGGGAGACCCCGAUACCGACCCGGACUCCUUCCUGAAGUCAGCAAGGCUGCAGCGGCUGCCAUCCACGUCGUCGGAGAUGGGCAGCCAGGACGGGUCCCCACUGCGGGAGACGCGCAAGGACCCUUUCUCUGCGGCAGCGGCCGAGUGCUCCUGCCGCCAGGAUGGACUUACAGUCAUUGUCACAGCCUGCCUCACUUUUGCCACGGGAGUCACUGUGGCGCUGGUCAUGCAGAUUUACUUCGGAGACCCUCAGAUCUUUCACCAGGGUGCCGUGGUCACUGAUGCCGCCCAUUGCACAUCGCUGGGCAUCGAGGUGCUCAGUAAACAGGGAUCUUCUGUGGAUGCCGCUGUGGCAGCAGCCUUGUGUUUGGGGAUCGUGGCUCCACACAGUUCUGGCCUAGGCGGUGGGGGCGUAAUGCUGGUCCACGACAUCAGAAGAAAUGAGAGCCACCUAAUUGAUUUCCGGGAGUCUGCACCAGGGGCCCUCAGGGAAGAGGCCCUGCAGAGAUCCUGGGAAACCAAGCCUGGGCUCUUGGUGGGGGUCCCCGGAAUGGUGAAGGGGCUACAUGAAGCUCACCAGCUCUAUGGCAGGCUGCCAUGGUCCCAAGUCCUGGCUUUCGCAGCAGCUGUGGCCCAAGAUGGCUUCAACGUGACCCAUGAUCUAGCCCGUGCCCUGGCUGAACAGCCUCCGCCCAAUGCAUCUGAGCGUUUCCGUGAGACAUUCCUGCCAUUGGGCCACCCGCCACUACCGGGCUCACUGCUGCGUCGGCCUGACCUGGCCGCAGUGCUGGAUGUGCUGGGCACCUCCGGCCCCGCCGCCUUCUACGCAGGAGGCAAUCUCACACUGGAGAUGGUGGCCGAGGCCCAGCACGCAGGGGGUGUCAUAACUGAGGACGACUUCAGCAACUACAGUGCUCUCGUGGAGAAUCCCGUGUGUGGCGUGUACAGAGGCCACCUGGUUCUCAGUCCCCCACCCCCGCAUACGGGUCCUGCCCUCAUCAGUGCUCUCAACAUCCUUGAAGGCUUCAAUCUCACCACGCUGGUGUCCCGGGAACAGGCUCUUCACUGGGUGGCAGAGACCCUGAAGAUCGCUUUAGCCCUGGCCAGCAGACUGGGAGAUCCUGUCUACGAUUCUACCAUCACUGAGAGCAUGGAUGACAUGCUCAGCAAGGUAGAAGCCGCCUACCUCCGGGGCCACAUCAAUGACUCCCAGGCGGCCCCUGCCCCACUUCUGCCCGUCUACGAGUUGGAUGGGGCUCCCACAGCUGCUCAGGUGUUGAUCAUGGGCCCUGACGACUUCAUUGUGGCCAUGGUCAGCUCCCUGAACCGCCCUUUUGGCAGUGGCCUCAUCACCCCCUCGGGGAUCCUGCUCAACAGCCAGAUGCUAGACUUCUCGUGGCCCAACAGGACUGCUAACCACUCUGCACCCAGCCUGGAGAAUUCGGUGCAGCCAGGGAAACGACCACUGUCUUUCCUGCUGCCCACCGUGGUCCGGCCAGCGGAGGGGCUCUGUGGGACCUACCUCGCCCUGGGGGCCAAUGGAGCUGCCCGGGGCCUCAGCGGACUGACCCAGGUUUUACUGAAUGUUCUGACCUUGAACCGGAACCUGAGUGACAGCCUGGCCCAUGGCCGUCUGCAUCCAGACCUGCAGUCCAACCUCCUGCAGGUGGACAGUGAGUUCACAGAGGAAGAGAUUGAGUUCCUGGAAGCCAGGGGUCACCAUGUGGAGAAAGUAGAUGUCUUAUCCUGGGUCCAUGGCAGCCGGAGAACCAACAACUUCAUCAUUGGUGUGAAGGACCCUCGGAGCCCAGACGCAGCUGGAGCCACCAUCCUGUAGAGCAGCGGGGUGGGGCGGGGGUCUCUGUUCCCCCGCUUUGCAUGUUCCUAGAGUCCCUCCUUCUCCCAGGUUUGGUCUCAGGGGGACCCCAGGGAUGCCCUAGAUCAUGGGCCAGAGGGGAUACUUAACAAACCCUAUCCCAGAGUAACUGGAAAAUUCUCUAACCAGAAGCCUGUGGUGGUGGUGAUGGUGGUGGUGGUGGUGGUGAAUGUCCAUGUCCACAACCAGGCAGACAGUUCCUUGAGGAGUCAGGCUGUCUGUCUGUCUCCUUUCCCUCAGCCAUGCGGCCCUGAGCUUAGGGAUGUGCUUGCAAACCCUUCUCAAGGGUCCUCACAACCCCAACAUCUCCAGUCUGGCCUGACCUGGACCUUGUCUUCCAGCUCCCUUCUCCUGUCCCCAGCCUCAUUUCUUAAAUGACUAGGAUUUUUUUAAUGGACCAUCCUGGGGAGGGGGUGCUCCUCUCUUCCUCCCACCAAGUUGAAGUGGGGCCUUGCAUCUGGGGUGGGGGCAGGUUGUG